AGUGGUGUACACAAAAAAAACUUUUGAAACGUAAUGUUAAGACAUUGGCCUUUGUUUGGUUUGAUAGAGAUAGAAAUGGAAAUAGUUUAAGAUGAAAUGUGUAAAUAUGUGAUUUUUUUCCCCCGAACAAAAAUAUAGUAAAAACUGAAUUUAGGUGAAAUUUAUUUUAUAUACCAGAGUGAAAUGCAAAGACUGUUGAAUUUAAAUGUUGGCAGUAAAACAUCCUGUGGAGCUAAACCCUCCUGAUCAAUCAGCCAGCAGAGAUUGUCUUCUAUAAAUAGCAUAGAAGUAUGAGGUGAUGAGCGGGGGAGAUUGGGAUGAUGGAGGAUUAAUGUGGACUACAAUGAUUCUUCAAACAGUUACUGCAUGUCAGUCAAAGAUGUUUUUUUUUUUUUGUCUUUCACACAGUGUACCACUGAUAUUAGGAGCAGAGAACAUGGCUGUGGUUAGUGGGACUUACCGUAUGGUGUCAGAGGAAGAGCAGGCUCUCAGAGCCAAGCUGGAACGCCUCACGGUCAAGGACCACGGGCCAGUGUUUGGGCCUUGCUCCAGUCUGCCAGACCACACCAAGCAGAAGGCCAAGGAUGAACUGCACGAGACGGAUGAGUUGAAAGUGUCUGCAGCAAAGGAGCUGAGAGAAAUGAUCAAGGAAAAAGCAGAAUCAGGAGAUGAUAUAGCUAAAGGGGUGCAGGACACAUUUGGGGAGAAACCAGACAGUUUACUGACCCGUUUUAUCCGUGCCAGGAAGUACGAUGUUCCUCGAGCCUUUGAGCUCAUGAAGGGUUACGUGCGUUUCAGGAAGGAUUACCCUGAGCUGUUUGAGAAUCUGACUUCGGAGGCCGUACGCAGCACCAUCGAGGCCGGUUACCCUGGAAUUCUGCAGAGCAGAGACAAGUAUGGUCGCGUGGUUCUGCUCUUCAACAUCGAGAACUGGGACUACGAGGAGAUCACAUUUGACGAGAUCCUGCGUGCCUACUGUGUGAUCCUGGAGAAGCUGCUGGAGAACGAAGAGACUCAGAUCAACGGGUUCUGCAUCAUUGAGAACUUCAAGGGCUUCACCAUGCAGCAGGCAUCAGGAAUCAAACCCACUGAGCUGAAAAAGAUGGUGGACAUGUUGCAGGACUCAUUUCCUGCCCGUUUCAAAGCGGUUCACUUCAUCCAUCAGCCCUGGUACUUCACCACCACAUACAACGUAGUCAAACCUCUCAUGAAGAGCAAGCUGCUGGAGAGAGUUUUUGUUCAUGGAGACGAACUGGAAAACUACUACAAGGAGUUUGAUGCCGACAUCCUUCCAGCUGAGUUUGACGGAAAAGGUGCCAAGUACGACGGCAAGGCUGUGGCAGCCAAGCUGUUCGACUAAAGCUGUUCCAUUAUCAUCAUAUUUAUCUCCAUUACUAUACUGCUGAGCCCCUCCCACCCUCACCCACUCCUGUGGUUGUAGAGAACACAGUUGUAAAUGUUCCUUAUCACGGCUGAUGUCUCUGGAAAACUUCCUUGUCAUGAAUCUGAAUAAACGAUGUUAAUAAAUGUACAAUA